UUGGUGCAGCUGGGUUUUCUUUUUCUUUUUUGUUAAUGAAAAGCGAAGAGGCAGGAGGCAGGCCCGUCGCGUGUGUCGGCUCUGGCUGGUGUCCGACCCGAGGCUCAUCAUCUCGCCUGUUGGCGCAUGCAGGUGGCACCGGACCCGCGAGAGGAUUAUGACCCUGGAAGGAGAGCUCGAACUCAUGGAGAGGGCAGAUGCCGACGUGGAUGGAAAAGGGAACAAAGCUACACGGAACGAGGGGUAUGUAUCAUUAACCAAAGAAGACGGGGCCGAUUUGGAGCAGCAAGGCGCUGCGUCCUUGUCUCCAAAACAGCCAGCGAAGGAUACGGAGGAUGAGGGUGAAUUUACGCCGAACUGCACAGAGAGAAUCGCUGCCUCGGUGAAACCUCCGUACUCCUACAUCGCUCUUAUCACCAUGGCAAUCCUCCAGAGCCCGAAGAAAAGACUGACUCUCUCGGAGAUAUGUGACUUCAUCAGCCAGCGCUUCACGUAUUACGGGGAGAGGUUCCCGGCGUGGCAGAACUCCAUCCGCCACAACUUGUCCCUCAACGACUGCUUCGUCAAAAUGCCCCGGGAGCCCGGUAACCCCGGAAAGGGGAACUACUGGACGUUAGACCCUAUGUCGUCUCAUAUGUUCGAGAACGGGAGCUUCCUACGGCGGAGGAAACGUUUCAAACGGCAGAAUUACCGAUUUGGGAUGAUGGACACCCGGUGCCCGCUCGAGCGCAGCAGCAUGCUCCCUGGAUUUUCGUUCUACGGGACGAACGGAAUAGGGCCGUGUCAUUUUCAGGUACCCGGUUUGGAAUUGUACCGUCACUUGGGCAUCGAACAUCAUUCUGUUUCUAACCAAAGCAUCCCACCAGUGAGCAGCAUCUUGCCCGCGCUCUCCUCACUUCUAUCAAGGAAUUCGAACGUUGUCCAAAAGACAUUUCUUCCACAUCCGUCUCUUAGCUUUGAGAAUUUCGAAACGACGCGCCGCUCAGCCUCGACAGUGGGCCAAGCUUUGGUCCCCGGAUCUUCAUUUCUGUCCCCGGCUUCGCUCCAUUCAAUGGGCGCUCCGCAUCUCUGGAGCUUUCAUCCCGAGUACCACAAACUACGCUCUCUCCCCACCUCCAGCCGUAUAGCAAAUGAACUCUUGCAGCAACUUGGUGACAAAUAGCUUAAUCAAUAGUGUUUUCUGUAUUGACGAGGAUUCAUCAGGGAAAACCACCUUUCAUAGAUUUGUAUCUAUUCAAUUAAACAAAUGCUUCAAAUGAAAAAAAUAUGUUUUAAAGAUGUGUCAAUUGAGUCAACAUUUUUAACAAUGUUAGUGACCAACCCCAAAAAUAUGUUUUAAAGAUGUGUCAAUUGAGUCAACAUUUUUAACAAUGUUAGUGACCAACCCCAAAAAUAUGUUUUAAAGAUGUGUCAAUUGAGUCAACAUUUUUAACAAUGUUAGUGACCAACCCCAAAAAUAUGUUUUGAAGAUGUGUCAAUUGAGUCAACAUUUUUAACAAUGUUAGUGACCAACCCCAAAAAUAUGUUUUAAAGAUGUGUCAAUUGAGUCAACAUUUUUAACAAUGUUAGUGACCAACCCCAAAAAUAUUUUGAAAGAUGUGUCAAUUGAGUCAACAUUUUUAACAAUGUUAGUGACCAACCCCAAAAAUAUGUUUUAAAGAUGUGUCAAUUGAGUCAACAUUUUUAACAAUGUUAGUGACCAACCCCAAAAAUAUGUUUUGAAGAUGUGUCAAUUGAGUCAACAUUUUUAACAAUGUUAGUGACCAACCCCAAAAAUAUGUUUUGAAGAUGUGUCAAUUGAGUCAACAUUUUUAACAAUGUUAGUGACCAACCCCAAAAAUAUGUUUUGAAGAUGUGUCAAUUGAGUCAACAUUUUUAACAAUGUUAGUGACCAA